AUGGGUACAACUUCUCGCUCCCGAGUUACUAGGUAUUUGCCUGUUGGUUUCCGCAGAGAAUUAUCUAGGCAAAAACUGCAGCAAUUUGCAGACAACAAUCUUGUUGAUGUAGAAUUUGAGUUUCUUGACGAUUGUGAUGUGAAUUUAGAUAACAGUAGUUCAAGUUCCGAUGACUUUCAUUUAGAUAUCGAAGAUGAUGAUGAUGAAUGUUCUCAGAAGGUUCAUGGUGGUAGCAGCAACGUUGAAGAGAAUAGAAAUUUUUGGGAUACUCAACUUCAGCUUUUGCAGACGAAUGUAUAUAAAAUAAGUGCGUUGGAAUCAAGCAUAAGGAAAGCAACGAUAAAAGCGAUUGAGGAAAUAGAUAGAUCAGAAAUAGAGUGCAGUUGUAGUAGACAGAUCAAGGGUUCAUCAGCAAGAGAAUGCAGAAACUGUUUCAUGAGACAAGUUUCUAGGUGCCUUCAAAAUGCUGGUUUCAACAGUGCCAUUUGUAAUACUAAAUGGACUAGCUCACAUAAUCUUCCAUCAGGGGAACAUACAUUUUUGGAUGUGAUACAUAGUACAAGCAACCAGAAAUCAGAUGUAAGGGUAAUCAUAGAACUAAACUUUCGAUCACAAUUUGAGAUGGGAAAAGCAAGUGAGGAUUAUAACAAUCUUGUGAGAAAACUGCCAGAAGUGUAUGUAGGAAAAGUAGAGAGAUUAAGCAACAUAAUAAAGAUCAUGUGUAUGGCAGCUAAGAGAUGUUUGAAGGAAAACAAGAUGCACAUGGGACCAUGGAGGAAACAUAAAUACAUGCAAGCUAAGUGGAUGGGUCCAUGUAAAAGGAACACUUCCACAAAUUCACUUUCAAUGGGGUAUUCUCAGACGACUAGUCUAAAGCAGAAGAAAGUAAAGGCAUCAAUGUUAACAGAGGAUUUGUUAGACAUGAUUCCUAAUAUGCAUUGUAAUGCUGUUGAAGUUGUGUAA